CAAUGAGUGCGUAUCACAAAACCAGACGAACAUGUUCGUCGAGCCUCAAGACGAGCUCGAGGCCACGUUAUCCAGGGCUUCAAUGGAGAACAAGACGGUGAUCAUUGCCGUGGUAAACAAGGCUUACGCAGUGCAAGAUGUGAGAGCAGACACAACCAUGCUCGACCUCUUUAUCGAGAGCUUUUGGCAAGGGGAGGGCACGAGGGAGCUGAUCGACCACCUGGUGGUGGUGGCGGUUGAUCAGACGGCCUACGACCGGUGCCGGUUUCUGAGGCUGAACUGCUACAAAUUGGAAACCGACGGUGUGGAUUUCGGGGGAGAGAAGAUUUACAUGUCCCAGGAUUUCAUUCAGAUGAUGUGGAAGAGAACUUGGUUCUUGUUGGAGGUUCUCAAACGUGGUUACAGCUUCGUGUUCACGGACACUGAUGUGGUGUGGCUAAGGAACCCAUUUACAAAGUUAAGUAACAACGAAACUGAGGAUUUACAAAUAAGCACCGACAUGUUCUUUGGAGAUCCAUGGAACACAACACAGUUAAUCAAUACCGGCUUCUACUACAUCAAAUCCAACAACAAGACCAUCGCACUGUUUGAUAAAUGGUACAACUUGAAGGACAAUGCCACUGGACUGAAAGAACAAGAUGUAUUACUAAACCUCCUUCGAGGUGGUAUUGUUCCAGAAUUGGGGCUUAGAGUUAGAUUCUUGGAUACUAUAUAUUUCAGUGGUUUUUGCCAGAAUAGCAGGGAUGUUAGGGAAGUUAGUACCGUCCAUGCCAAUUGUUGUCGGAGUAUUGUUGCGAAAGUGCAAGACUUGAAGGCUGUUCUCCGGGAUUGGAAGAAGUUCAAGAAAGUAGUAUCGCAUAAAAGAGUUGAUCUUAAUGUGACUGCCAAAACUUUUCAAUGGACCGGUCAUUGGGGAUGUUGGAACUCAUGGAAGGUUCCGGCUAGCAACGGGAAACGGAAGCUGCCGAAUAACACCGGCAAAGCUACUCAUAAGGCAUAA